GUAGAUAUGUAGAUAUGUAGAUAUGUAGAUAUACGCCACCAGUAAACUAAAUACCUCUCUUCACACCUGUGUCACCUCCAGGAAGUGAGUGUUGAGCUGCAUGUUUCCCUUUUUAUAGCAAGGGGUUAAUUCAUACGACCAAAGAGAAGAGGUCGGGUUCCUGCAUUAACAGUUCAUUUCAGCCGUCUGCUCGUUUAAUAUUUUGACGACUGUGGACAAAAUGUAUGAAGGAAUCUUUUGGUUUAAUGCAAUUCAAUACAACAACACCACAAACCAAAAAGCCACAGAGUUCAAUCCGCUCUUUGUUGAGAAUCAAACAUGAAAAUAUUCAGAAUUAUCCGACAUUUCUUUGCGGAUAUUUUAAUAACCAUAUAACAUUAAAGAUGUGGACCUCCAGUUUAACUCGCUUGUAAAUCGAGAUCUUGACAUUUACGGCUCACGGUGCUGUUAAUGAGGAGGGGUGAAGAGGUCGCGUCUUGUGACCGGCCGUUGAUAAUGAAUCUGAAUCGUGUUGGCAGCCAUGACGGACCUCAAAUGAAAUGUCAAAUUCCAGCGGAGCCAUGUGGGGAGCUGGAAACAGAGGAAGGACCGAGACAACGGAGAUUCUUGUUAUCGCUCUACAACACUACUGAUGGCAAAAAUAGUUACUAGUGCUUUACUGACAACAAUCACAACUCUCUUAAAGACUUGACCCCCACUGGCAUUAUAUAGGCACUGAAUGGUGAUUAUGAUGUUAUGAUCUUUAGUUAUAAUUAUCUAAAAACCUGCAUGUGGGCAAAAUUAAGAAUUCAAUUUGCAACAAUAAUGUCCGUAGUGUGAAAAACAAAAUGUUCCGGGAUUAAAAGUAGUAACAAAACAUUGAUUUAAACUCCUAAAAAAGUGUUUUGUAAUAUUAAUAGAUUGUAAAGUCGAGCUGCAAGCUAAAAACAACCAGAAUAGACUGAAGCUAACGAGUCUAAUAAAGAACAAUGUGUCGCUAAUUGGCUCUGAGUGAUUGGGAGGAAAUGAGGUAAUUGGUAGGAACACCUAUUUAAAAAUAAAGGCAGGUUCACAAUGCAUUGUGGGUCCCCGCUCACUGAGAGCAGAGAGCUUGAGGGAGGAAAGAAACAGAACGAAAGGAAUCUUCUAAUUACAAGAUAAUUCUAAUUAUUGUUAAGGUAUUUUGUUUGUGUAGUUUGUUUUAUAUAUUUAUAUUUAAAUUAGAAUUAAAGAAGGUGAUAUAAAGAAGGUUAUAUCAUGAAAAUAAAUCAGUGAUUUGCUGUAAAUGAGCAGAAUGUAAAUGAUAACCUGAAUAAAGGCUGUAAACUCACAUUAAGCCUGUUUAGGUUCUAUCCACACACGGCUCAUGAGCUACAACGUCUGCUCAGCCACAACAGACCGACAGUGAAGGCAGCACAGGGAGUGGAAAAUGUGCAUGCACAUACAAAAUACAACUUCUCUUUCUCUCUUUCUCUCCCCACAGAGUGAUUUCUUGGACUUUUACGUUUCCUACCUGAAGGAGCUUCCGGACUGUCUGUCAGUCGUCUCCAUGCUCAACUCCAGCUCCAUGAAACCUUCUGCAUUCCUGGAGAGUGAAAUAAUGGGCGAUGAAUCCAGACCCUCCCUCCACACUCUGCUCCUUCAGCCGGUUCAGAGGAUCCCCGAGUACCUGCUGCUGCUUCAGGAGCUGCUGAGGCAGACCAAUGCAGAGCACCCAGACUACUAUCUGCUGCUGGUUUGCAUCCAGCAGUUCAGGUCCUUCAUGGCUCAGUACCACCACCUCCUCCAGCACAACCAGGAGCUUCUGCUGCACAACCACAAGGAGGUGAAGAGGUCUACCAUGACGCAGCUGUUAAAGACAGUGGAAAGCGGGAUUCAAGCGAACAACAUUGGCUCACCGUACCCAUGCAACAGUGCCAUGUUAGAACAUGCCAACCAGGUGAAGCGGAGCAAGCAGCGUCUCCUGGAGCAGAUCCAGUCCCGUCGUUUCCAGGAUUGGGACCAGGAGCCCGGAACUCAUUGUUACGAGUCAGAGUGGCCCUCCCAGCUCCCGUUUUUCAGCCCAGACCUGGAUUCACGAAACCACAAACCAACAGGUCUUGGCAGUAUCCCAGAGAGUGAGGCGUCUGAGAUGGCCAUGUCGUGCCAGCAUCAUCUGCCCUCCAGACCGGCAGACUUCCGUCAGGUUCAACCGGGCUCCGCUCUGGCCGACGCCCUCGGAGAGUUCCUUCUCCCUCCAGACCCUCCAGGGAUGGAGAGCCUCUACGAAGAGGACAGAGGCUCCCCUCACGAUGUCCCCAUGUUCGACCGCUGCUCCUCCGCCUCUUCAGAUUCCUCCAUCGACAUUGCCUUUGUGAAGUGCCCUAAAGCGCCCUCGGUGUCCCAUCACGCGACGGCAGUGAACGUGUCAACAGCGCGCGAUGUCUUUGGCAACGGUGGAAGCCACGGGAACGGUUACCAGCUGCCCAACAGAGGAUGCGUAUCUCCGGAUGAAGCUGUGAUGAUGCGCCGCAAUCAGCAUCGCCCCCUUCAGGCCAGCCAGCGUAAGAGCAAGUCACUGAACGGCCUGCAGAUGGACAACACAGUGAGCGGUCUGGAGGGUGGUCCUCUAUCAGACCACCUCCAGAGGUUGGGACUGGGCAGCCACGCCAAGCUGGAGCGCCAGGGCAGUAAAGGCAGCAAAGGGUGUCCCACCCCGUCCCGUAAGGUCCACAACCCCCUGGGGAACCGGGUGGACAUCGACAAACAGGGCGAUGAUCUUCAUGGGCUGCUCAGCAUUGACUCGGGUUUCCAAUCAUGGGGGGAGGAGUCAAAGUGGAGGGGCGGGGCAGAGGAGACUAACCACACCCCCUUCAGCGAGAGGAGUCGGAAGCAGGUCAAAGGAGGCUUCAGGAGCUCCUUCAAGAAACUCUUCAAGAAGAAGAGCAGUGACGAGAAGAGAGCGAAAGGAGGCGAGAAGACACCAGAAAAACAAAACAAUGGUGAACAUGAGACACCGGGGAGAAAUCCCAAACUGGCCCAUCUGGAGAUAAACCGUGGCACAGCUGUAUGAACACCAAUAUAUCACACAGGCGCAGCUGUAUGAACACCCCGAUAUCACACAGGCACAGCUGUAUGAACACCAAUAUAUCACACAGAAACAGCUGUAUGAACACCCCGAUAUCACACAGGCACAGCUGUAUGAACACCAAUAUAUCACACAGGCGCAGCUGUAUGAACACCAAUAUAUCACACAGGCACAGCUGUAUGAACACCAAUAUAUCACACAGGCACAGCUGUAUGAACACCAAUAUAUCACACAGGCACAGCUGUAUGAACACCAAUAUAUAAACACAACAUGAGGCUGUCUUACAUAUAAUACGUGCCACUCGGUGUAGUUUAACUUUAUUUACUGUAAAUAGCUCUACCUCCAGUUUAUAAAAGCUUUUCAGAUAUUGAACUACUUUCUUUAACUUGUUACACUAUUUUGUCAGGUUUGGUACCCAACUUUCAAAUCUAUCUUUUGAAUUGGUUAAAGUGUAAUAUUAAAAGGUGGUUUCUUCUUCUUGGGAAACAGUUCUCUGAACACGAGCACCUACAUUUCACCGAUUUAAGUUUAUUUUUUUAUGUCUUUCACUGCCGUUCUACUUUCUGCUAAAUGUCUUAAGCCAUAACCAGAAAUGAUUAUAUUGUGCAUAUACUCAGGAGAACCAACACUCAACUGUUAUCAGUUGAAUGUUUGAGCAAUUUGUUGAAACAUUUAAUGUUUUUCUUUGUGACAAAUAUUUCUAUGCAUUGAGAUAAACGUGACAAUCAAGAAGAUUCAAUAAAGGUCAACGCUGAAAGUUAAGCUUUUUCUUUUGAAUUCCUGAAUGCUUUGUCACUUAUUAAACAAUCCUGAGAUGGAAAGAAAAGCUGCUCACGAGGGUCGAAGCCAGACGACAACGUCCGAUUCUGAAGUGUGAAGCCAAUGCUU